AUGUCAUACAUUUACAAGAUACACCACUUGCCAGCCUCGGAUCCAGUCCUUCUCCCUUUUCUGGCUGGCAAAUUCGCUUCACUCCGACUCUCGGCUCUCACCGUCUCAGCCCCAGCUUUCAGUUCAACAUUUGAAAUUGAAUCUGUUUUCACGGCCUCUCAGUGGAUAUCUCGUCUUCAGAGACCACUACUACACACAUUUGUAGCAGUUGCCUACGCAGCUGAUACUCCGCCUGAGCUCCAGACCAUAGAUGCAGGAGACUGGAUCGGGAGCGCUACCUUAUUGGGACCAUUCACAAAAGCCAGCUUCGCAAUUCCUGAGAGUGGAGGUCCAGAAGUCGGUGACGAUGAUGUGGAGAGCAAAUGGCAGAUGACGGCUGUUUACAACAGUCCCGCCCACCGAGGGAAGGGGAUUGCAAAAAUGUUGAUCCAAGGAGCGAUGGACUUUGCGAGUGAGGAGGGAAAGAGGAGGGAGACUCGAGUAAGGAUCAUGAUACACCCGAGGAAUGUUGUUGUGAAGAAGCUCUAUGAGGGCUUGGGGUUUGUGGAUGCUGGGAACUGUACGCUUGCUGAAGCUUACUUGAGCAAUGGUGAUGCGGAAAUGCUUCCGGCCGAUGGGGGAUUGAGUGAUCCGGGAAAGUAUCACGUACGGCAGGGAAUUAUUAUGAUGCGGGUAACAUCUGCUGGUUCAUGA